AACUUGCAUCACAUCAUGGCUACCAAUGUGCAGAUGUCUAUCAUCAGAAGUAGUGCUCCUGGGCCUCCACUACAUAUUGGAGCUUCUCACCUACCCCGAGGUGCAGCAGCUGCUGCAGUGAUGUCCAGUUCUAAAGUAACUACAGUCCUGAGACCAGCUUCACAGUUGCCAAACGCAGCUGCAGCUCAGCCAGCAGUUCAGCACAUCAUCCAUCAGCCAAUCCAGUCUCGUCCUCCUGUGACAACUUCAAGCACUAUUCCUCCUGCUGUGGUGGCAACUGUCUCAGCCACAAGAGCUCAGUCCCCUGUUAUAACUACUACAGCAGCACAUGCUACAGAGUCAACCCUCAGUCGACCCACCCUGUCUAUCCAGCAGCACCCACCUUCUGCAGCUAUUAGUAUUCAGCGGCCUGCGCAGCCGAGGGAUACAGCUACUCGGAUCACACUACCCUCUCACCCAGCUAUAGGAACACAGAAGCCACAGCUCCACACUAUGGCUCAGAAAACCAUUUUUAGUACUGGUACUCCAGUGGCAGCAGCAACAGUGGCACCUAUUUUGGCAACUAAUACCAUUGCUUCAGCAACCACAGCUGGUUCUGUGUCUCACACCCAAGCGCCUACAAGCACCAUUGUCACCAUGACAAUGCCUUCCCAUUCUUCCCAUGCUACAGCUGUCACGACCUCAAACAUCCCAGUUGCUAAAGUGGUUCCUCAGCAAAUCACACAUACUUCUCCCCGGAUCCAGUCUGAUUACACAGCAGAGAGGAGUAAUCUCAUACCCCUCUCCAGUCACCGGGCAUCUCCAAACCCAGUAGCAAUGGAAACCAGAAAUGACAACAGGCAAUCGGUGCCUGUCCAGUUCCAGUAUUUCUUACCGACAUACCCACCCUCUGCCUAUCCUCUGACUGCGCACACCUACACCCCCAUCACCAGCUCAGUGUCCACCAUUCGCCAGUAUCCAGUUUCAGCCCAGGCGCCCAACUCGGCCAUCACAGCUCAGACGGGCGUUGGAGUGGCCUCCACUGUCCACCUCAACCCCAUGCAGCUGAUGACUGUAGACGCCUCACACGCCCGGCACAUCCAGGGCAUCCAGCCGGCCCCCAUCAGUGCGCAGGGGAUCCAGCCAGCACCAAUCAGCGCCCAGGGGAUCCAGCCAGCGCCCAUCGGGACACAAGGACUCCACCCUGCCACACCAAUUGGUGCACAGGGACUGCAGCCAGCGCCCAUCAGUGCUCAGCAGCCACAAGCUGACGCCAAGACUUCAGUAGUCUUGGCAGAUGGAGCCACCAUUGUAGCCAAUCCUAUUAGCAACACAUUCAACACAGCUUCUGCAGCAACUACAGUUGUGCAAACCCAUAGCCAGAGUGCCAGUGCCAGUGCACCAGCCCAGGGCUCUUCCCCACGCCCGAGCAUCCUCCGGAAGAAACCAACCACGGAUGGGCUGGCAGUCCGGAAAAGCCUGAUUCCACCUCAGACACCUGAAGUAGCUAGCACGCGUGUCGAGAGUACUAUGCGAAGCACAUCUGGAUCACCCAGGCCUGCUGGUGCCAAGCCAAAACCUGAAAUUCAUGUCUCCAUGGCCACUCCCGUUACUGUGUCUAUGGAGGCAGUGUCUAAUCAAGGCAGCGAGCAGCCCACCGUUGCUGUCCCCCCCACCUCCCAGCAACCCCCCUCUGCCAUUCCAACAAUCAUUGCAGCAGCCAGUCCCACUUCACAGCCGGCAGCAGCUCUGUCCACCAUUCCAGGAGCUGUAGCAGCCGCUCCACCAACUUCUACCACAAUUGUGGCAGCCCCCGCUCCUCCAUCAACCAUGAGCGGUGCCCUGUCAGCAGUGUUGGGUCCUGCGGUACCAGAGAUAAAAAUCAAAGAGGAAGUGGAGCCUAUGGACAUAAUGCGACCAGUAUCUGUCCCUCCUUUGACUACGAGUACUGUGUCUCCAUCUUUGGCGUUGCUGGCCAACAACCUUUCAAUGCCUCCAAGUGAUCUGCCACCUGGUGCCUCCCCGAGGAAGAAACCCCGUAAGCAGCAGCAUGUCAUCUCCACAGAGGAAGGGGACAUGAUGGAAACAAACAGCACUGAUGAUGAGAAAUCCACUGCCAAAAGCUUGCUGGUGAAGGCAGAGAAGCGCAAGUCUCCUCCAAAGGAGUAUAUAGAUGAAGAAGGUGUCAGAUAUGUCCCUGUGCGUCCAAGGCCGCCUAUCACAUUGCUCCGUCAUUAUCGCAAUCCUUGGAAAGCUGCGUACCACCACUUCCAGAGAUACAGUGAUGUCCGGGUAAAAGAAGAGAAGAAGGCUAUGCUACAGGAGAUUGCCAAUCAGAAGGGUGUAUCCUGUCGUGCACAAGGGUGGAAGGUCCAUCUCUGUGCAGCACAGCUACUACAGCUGACAAACCUGGAGCACGAUGUGUAUGAGAGACUGACUGCCCUGCAGGAGGGACUCAUUCCUAAGAAAAAGGCAGCGACCGAUGAUGACUUGCACCGAAUCAAUGAACUGAUACAGGGGAAUAUGCAGAGGUGUAAACUUGUGAUGGAUCAAAUCAAUGAGGCUCGAGACUCCAUGCUAAAGGUCUUGGAUCACAAGGAUCGUGUUUUGAAGCUUCUAAACAAGAACGGAACUGUCAAGAAAGUGUCCAAAUUAAAGCGAAAGGAGAAGGUCUAAAGCCAGAAUAAUGACUCUGGAAAUGGAGAACGUGUACAGAAUGGAGUUGAACCUUUUUGUAGUUUGGGUUUAUUUUUAAGCAGAGCAUCUGAAUAAAAAGGAUGAGUUUAGGGAACAGAUGGCAACAGAUGGACAUGUGAAGCCUGGUGACCUGAAGGGAUUGUCACUGUUGUGUCAUAAUGAACAAAGAUUUCUCUCAGGCUCAUCCCUUUUUAAAGUCUUUCCAGUCCCAUUUGUUUAACCCUCCUGAUGUGUCAGUGCCUACUAAUUGGAACUAGUGAUGCAAUGUGUGAUGGACAGUGCUCUCCUUCUGCUCUGCAGCUUAGUGGUAAAC